AUGGCGUCCGAGCAGAAAAGCAAGACCGCCAUCGUGACGGGCUCUGGUCGAGGCAUUGGAAAAUCAAUAGCCCUCCGCCUCGCCGACGACGGCUACGACAUCUGCGUAAACGACGUCCCCUCAAACCAAUCCGACGCGGACUCCGUCGUCAAAGAAAUCGAGUCCAAAGGCCGCAAAGCCAUCUCCGUGCUCGCCGAUGUCUCCAACCUCUCCGAGGUCGAGAAGAUGGUCCAAACCUCCGUCGACAAGCUCGGCCCCCUAAACAUCAUGGUCGCAAACGCAGGCAUCGCCCAAGUAAAGCCGCUCCUCGACCUGACCGAAGAAGACUUCCGCCGCAUGUUCGAAGUAAACGUCUACGGCGUCUUCAACUGCUACUCCGCGGCCGCACGACAGAUGAUCAAGCAAGAGUCUGGCGGCAAGAUCCUCGGCGCCGCCAGCAUUGUGGCUUUCAAGCCCUUCCCGAUGCUCUCGCACUACAGCGCCAGCAAGUGGGCGGUGCGGGGCCUGACGCAGGCGUUUGCGAUGGAGAUGGCAAGGCACAAGAUUACGGUUAACGCGUAUGCGCCGGGGAUUGUCGGGACGGCGAUGUGGGACCUUAUUGAUGAGAAGUUGGGAGAGCUGACGGGCGCGAAGAAGGGGGAUACGAUUAAGAAGUAUAGCGGGGAGUUGAUUGCGUUGGGGAGGACGAGCGUGCCGGAGGAUGUGAGUAAGGUGGUGGGGUUCUUGGCGGGGCCGGAUAGUGAGUAUGUGACUGGGCAGACGAUUGUGGUUGAUGGCGGGAUUAUUUUCACAUGA